GUUUGAUAUUACAGCAACACGUAUUUGUUUGAGUUUUGUGUGCUUUGCUGUCCACUGCUUCUGACGCACCAAUUCAGCGCAUUUUCUAGCAGAGAUCGUUGUAAGAUCGCAGGUCGGGAUGAUGACAUCUCUAGUGUAUUUCUCAUUGAUCGCUGUUUUGUUUUGUCUGUUUGGAUACUUGAGCAUAACUCAUGCUAUUCAAAGACGAACCACAGUGAAGCCGGGUCAAUGUCCCCUACCAGAGAUGAUUCCACUGUGUGCUGAAAGCUGUUUCCGUGAUGGCCAGUGUCCUGCCACACAGAAAUGUUGCCCAACCACAGGUGGCUUUGCAUGCAGUGAACCACGUGGUCAGGGAAGAGGUCAGGCAAGUUGCCAGGGAAGCGGUCAGGGCAUCGGCCAGGGCCAGGGAAGCGGACAGGGUAUUGGCCAGGGCCAGGGAAGCGGACAGGGCAUCGGCCAGGGCCAGGGAAGCGGACAGGGCAUCGGCCAGGGUGUCAGGGGCAUCGGCCAGCAUCGGGGGAAGUGCAGGGCAUGGCCAGGGCAGGAAGGGCCAGGGCAUGGCCAGGGAAGCGGUCAUGGCCAGGGAAGCGGACAGGGCAGCGGUCAUGGCCAGGGAAGUGGACAGGGCAUCGGCCAGGCAAAAACAAAGAAGUCUCGCUUCCUCAACGAAACCGCAUCACACACCGCGGCCUUGAGUGAGCAGAGGCAGGCGGCUUGA